GGGGUUACCACAGGGCUUGAGGGGCAGAGGGGGUUGCUGGAGCUGUUAUGUCCACAGCACUAUGAUAAGGAGGAAGAGGAGGAUGAUGAAGAUGAUGAAGACAGCGAAGAGGACUCAGAAGAUGAUGAGGACAUGCAGGAUAUGGAUGAGAUGAAUGAUUAUAAUGAGUCACCUGAUGAUGGGGAGAUCAAUGAGGUGGACAUGGAGGGGACAGAGCAGGAUCAGGACCAGUGGAUGAUCUGAUUCUGCUUCAACCACACCAAACUGGAGGCUGGGGGAGAGCCUUUGCCCCUCACAGCUCUGGGGGACAGUUCAGUGAAGCUCGUCCUGCCGUGGGUGCUGUGUGGGGCAGGGGGGUUCUGAGGGGAGAUUGCCACCUGACAUGUUGGAGUUAACACAUCUUUUCUAAU